AUGUCGGUGCCAGACGUGCUGGGCGGAGUGGACCAGGCGAGCCAUGCGGUAAGCCGCUUCUUUCAGGUCGAUGUCAACGGCGGGGACCCCCACGGAGAUCUGGCGAACGGUACCGCCACCGUUCCGCAAACCCCGUCGCAUUUCCCUCAACCAUCGAAUGCGACACCUCCGCCAGGAAUUCCUCCGAACGUGACUUACAUCGAGCCCCUCGCCAACCUCGACCUAACUGCAACUUUAGCUCGACGUCGACGGGUUCACUAUGCGGAUCCUCCAGCUGCCUCGAGUCAUUCGCAGUGCACGGCGGCUAUCAGAGACGCCUUGGUGGCUCCCAAGCAAGAACUCCCCAGUUCGGCUGCGAGCGAUAUCACUCCAAUAACGAACUCAGCCGCUAGUCGAGGGACUGAAACCCCGCUGGCAAAAGAAAAUGGCCAGACACCACAAUCACCUUACAUCUCUGCUUCUGUGGUGGACAUCGCUUCCCACUUCGUGGUGCAAGGGUCGCAACCGAGGCCGCCAAUCAAUGCGUCGCUACCUUCCAUCCCCAAUUAUUUCCCCCCUCAGGCUCUCGGCCAGUUACAGCAGCAGCAGGUAACCGGCCCGCAGCAACCACAGCAACAGAACAGCCACAACUUGCUCAAUUCUGACCCAAAUCAGACUCCUCACGUCCAGAUAGGCGCUCACAUUCACCAGCUGCCAUUGGCCAAUAUGGGCCUAGCAGGAUUUCUGGCCGAUCAGGCAGCCGCCGCGGCAGCUGCGGGAGGCUACGGAGGCUGCUGGGCGUGUCCCCCCGACCUACCUGGGUCGAUUACUCCUUCCUGUGUACAGACACUCACGACGAUUCCUUCGCUCGAGGAGUUAGAUCACUUCGAGAGGGAACAUCGGAAAGCGUUGCUCAACGAUAAAUGGCGUCAGUUAUUCGACAAGUAUGAUCCCGAAGGCUUCGGAGAGAUUCCGUGGGACGAUUUUCUACGCGCACUCGACAGCGUUGAGUUCGAAGACUGCGUCGAUAUUACAAAACGCGAACUAUUUCGACUAAAAGCUCAAGAUCGAAGGACCAAUGCCAUAACUUUCGACGAUUUCAUCGCUGUGAUGAGCGGAAAAAGGACAAGGUCUUUUGAGAUGGCCGUGCACCAGAGGGAUAGCUCGUGCGGAUCGCUGUGGCUGCAGCAACAGCCCCUGCAAAUGGAACUGGUGCAUUCAGCCGGCCUGCAGAGCCUCCAAGGACUACAAGGUCUUUCUCACCCUCACGAACUCGGUCCAAUGGGUGUCGUACAGCAGCUGAGCCAACACCAGGACGGAAUUAUCAGUCAGUUGUGCAGCACGCACUCUUCACAGGGAACCCCGAGUCACCACGUGCACGCUCACGUUCAUCAGUCAAACGAAUCGAUGUAUUUUGACGGUCCAGCGUGCAUGGAGCCCCACUCAGGCUUCAACGGGAACCCGUAUCUUGCAGCCUCGGUUGCGGCAACAGCGUUGGCGUCUUCGGGCGAUACUACCCAGGAUUCGUCUGGGCUUGACGACUGCAUAGCCGAAGACGAUAUUCCGGUGAUUUCGGUGCGAAGAGCCGACACGCUGUUCUCUAAGAUGGUCAACGUAAUCGGUGGCGAAUUCCUCCCGGACGAUCGAGAUCGGAAAUACUAUGCGGACAGCUACACCUGCUGGCCGCCGCCUUUGUUCGUGUUGUUCGUCACCAUCUGCCAGAUUGCUCUCUUCACGUACUACUCACUAACUGUCGGACCCGCAGGACUGUCGGAGCCCAUCCCCGCUCAAUCGAUAUUUAUAUUCAAUCCAGCACAGUCGUUUGAAAUAUGGAGAUAUUUUUCCUACUUUUUGGUGCAUAACGGAUGGCUUCACUUGGUGUUCAAUAUCGUCAUACAAUUGUUUGUGGGACUACCCCUGGAAAUGCUCCACGGCUCUUGGCGUAUCGGUUUCAUUUAUAUCGCUUCCGUGAUAGCAGGGUCGGUCUUCUGUUCCGUGGCGGAUCCGUCAGCGUUCCUGAUCGGAGCGUCGUGUCCCGUUUACGCCUUGCUGAGUGCCCAUCUGGCGAACACACUCCUAAAUCACGACGCACUCGCUGAUUCCGGCCUUUCGAAAUUUUUCUUCCGAAUCACGCUGGUGUUCUUGCUCACCUCAAUCGAUUUCGGCUUCGCUCUGUUCGACAGGGUCUCGGAGCCGCAGGGAAUCAGUAUCACGUUUCUGGCGCCCUUCAUCGGGGUCGCUUUUGGCGUCACCGUAGGUUGCGUCGUCAUAAAGAACUACGAACAGAAAUUGCGCGAACACGUGGCCUGCUGGAUAGUGAUGGUGGCCUACGUUGCGGCCGUCGCUGGUGCCAUCGUCUACAACGUGCUGAACUUCGACACGUUCCGGCAGGCGUCUGCCGCGUUUUUCUGAUUCGGACGGGGUGCAAACUCAGCUCAGGAUCAAGGAUACAAGUCAGCGAACUUUGUUCAAGCAAUCGACGAAGAACGUCCAUUAGGGCUUCUGGAGCAAAAUGCAAACAAGGAACAAAAGUAGCGAGAAGAGAAUGGAAACAAGGGUCUGGACGCAAGAGUAGCAGUACAAAACAAUAUUAGGCUUCCGGUGUCCCCUCUACUUGCGUUCAUCCGAAUAAAUUCGACAUGGAGAAGACAUCACCACGACGAGACGAACAACAACAACAGUAACAACACCACUACCACCACCGACGGCAACAACAACA